UGUAUUACAUAUUUUCCAUCCUUAGGCUCCAAAGCUUCUCAUCAUGGACUCUCACAAGCACCUCUUCCCCCUUCUCUCCCUUUUCCUAAUUCUACAUCUCUCAGGACAAAGGGUGUUGCAAGCUGAGGCUCACUCUCAAUAUCUCCCAACAAAACUGUUCGUUUUUGGGGAUUCAUAUGCUGACACAGGCAACGUUAAGAAAGGGAUAUCAAAUUCAUGGAAAGACCCUUAUGGCGUCACCUUUCCCGGCAAACCCGCCGGUCGAUUUUCCGACGGUAGAGUCCUCACCGACUACAUUGCAAAGUAUUUGAAAGUGAAAUCGCCAAUCCCUUAUAAAUUGAGGAAACUGAUACCAGAGCAUGUGAAAUAUGGGAUGAACUUUGCAUUUGGGGGUACUGGUGUCUUUAACACGUCCACUCCGGGCCCAAACAUGACGGCGCAAAUUGAUUUGUUCCAUCAGGUCAUCAAAUACAAAGUGUAUUCUGCCUCAGAUCUCAGCAACUCUGUGGCCUUUGUCUCUGUCGCUGGAAAUGACUACAGUAAUUACUUGGUCACAAAUGGCUCUGCUCAGGGUUUACCAUAUUUUGUGGCCUCGGUGGUUAAUCAAACAACAAAUAAUCUGAUUCGCAUCAAAGGGUUGGGAGUGAAGAAAAUUGUUGUGGGUGGUCUACAACCCCUUGGAUGUCUUCCUCAGAUCACAGCCUCGACCUCAUUCCAACAUUGCAACGCCACCUCAAACGCCUUCGUUCUUCUCCAUAACAACCUCUUGAACCAAGCCGUGACCAAAUUGAACCAAGAAACGAAGGACCAUUCCACCUUCCUGGUCCUUAACCUUUACGACAGCUUCAUGUCAGUGCUGAACCACCCAUCAACCCACAACAUUCAUAACAAUUUGACGCCAUGCUGCGUUGGGGUAAGCAAUGAGUACUCGUGUGGGAGUGUGGACAACAACAUGGUUAAGAAAUAUCGAGUUUGUGAUGAUCCCAAAUCGGCUUUCUUUUGGGAUCUUGUGCACCCAACACAGGCUGGGUGGCACGCCGUGUAUAACAAGUUGCGAACAAUGAAUAACCUUCAACUCAUUCGUUACUAGCUCCCAGAAA